AACGCGGAUGACAUCGCCGAGACCGUGCUGAUGAACUUCCUGCGCGGGGACGUGGCCCGGCUCCGGCGAGCGGCUACCGAGGCCACCGGGGUGGCUACCGAGGCCACCGAGGCCACCGGGGCCGCUGAGGCCACCACGGCCCCAGGGGAAGCCGCCAAAGGCGCCGUAAGCCCCAGGAACGUCUCCAAGAAGUCUGUGGCCACCAAGAACCUCGCGGGGGCCACCAAGAACCUCGCGGGGACCACCGAGAACCCCAUGGGGACCACCACGAACCCCAUGGAGACCACCACGAACCCCAUGGGGACCACCACAAAGGUUCCUGGGGCCUCUGUGGCCACCGUGGCCCCAACGGAGGCCACCCCAAACCCCAUGGAGACCACCAAGAACUUCAUGGGGACCACCAGGAACCCCAUGGAGACCACCACGAAGGUUCCUGUGGUCUCCGUGGCUACCACGAAGCCCCUGGAGGCCACCAAGAGCUCCCAGGGGACCACUGAGAACCUCAUGGAGGCCACCACGAAGGUUCUUGCGGCCUCUGUGGCCACCGUGGCCCCAACGGAGGCCACCCCAAACCCCAUGGAGACCACCAAGAACUUCAUGGGGACCACCAAAACCCCAAUGGAGACCACCAAGAGCUCCAUGGGGACCACCACAAACCCCAUGGAGACCACCACGAAGGUUCCUGCGGCCUCCGUGGCUACCACGAAGCUCCUGGAGGCCACCAAGAGCUCCAUGGAGACCACCACGAAGGUUGCUGCGGCUUCUGUGGCCACCACAAACCCCAUGGAGGCCACCAAGAGCUCCAUGGAGACCACCAUGAAGGUUCCUGCGGCUUCUGUGGCCACCACGAACCCCACGGAGACCACCAAGAACUUCACGGGGACCACCGCGAACCCGGCAGGGGACCACCGCGCCGGUUCCCAACGACCUCCGUGGCCACCCCGAACCCCGUGGAGACCACCACGAAAGCCUCUGUGGCCACCUCCGCCCCGAAGGUGGCCGCCGCAACCUUCGCCGAGCUUCCCUUGGCCUCCGCCCCCUUCGAGCCCGGCGACGAGAUCUCGCCGGCCGUUUCCGGGACACCCCGUGGCCGCUUCGGUUCCCGAUGGCCACCGGGAGGUCCCUCGGCUCCGGUGGCCACCCCCGUGGCCAGCGGUGCCCCGGUGCAAGCCCUGAGACACGCCUACGAGAAGGAGAUAGUCCUUUACGCCCACUUCAAAGGCUUGGACUACUUCAGCACCGAGUGCGUCUACGCGCCCCACGCCUACCGUGGCCACGCCAGGACCCUCCUCAAGGAUUUA